AUCGCACGUAUAAAUAUGGUCACUUCCUUGUCUACCAGGUAUCAAAAAUCCCAUCUCUUGAAAUCUGUUCUCUAACUCUCUGUGUUUGUUUGUACGUUUCACAAAAUAUUAUGGACACCACAAUGGGAAUGCUAGACUCGUGCAAACCCUGCAACAACGACGUUGGCUGCCCUCCCCAAAACGGCACAGCCUCAAUCCAAAAUUCUCACCCUGCUCCUGCCAUGGCAUCCCCCGACGCCACGCUCGGCCGCCACCUCGCCCGCCGGCUCGUCCAGAUUGGAGUCAGCGACGUGUUCUCCGUGCCGGGGGACUUCAACCUCACUCUUCUCGACCACCUCAUUGCCGAGCCUGGUCUCAACAACGUCGGGUGCUGCAAUGAACUCAACGCUGGCUAUGCUGCUGAUGGCUACGCCAGGUCUCGUGGGGUUGGUGCAUGCGUUGUCACUUUCACUGUGGGUGGCCUAAGCGUUCUCAACGCCAUUGCUGGGGCUUACAGUGAGAAUCUUCCCGUUAUCUGUAUUGUUGGAGGGCCAAAUACCAACGAUUAUGGCACAAACAGAAUUCUUCACCAUACCAUUGGAUUGCCCGAUUUCAGCCAAGAACUUCAAUGCUUCAAGCCUGUUACUUGCUUUCAGGCUGUAGUGAAUAACUUGGACGAUGCCCACGAACUGAUUGAUACAGCCAUAUCAACUGCUUUGAAAGAAAGCAAGCCUGUUUAUAUCAGCAUCAGUUGCAAUUUGCCUGCCAUCCCUCAUCCAACUUUCAGCAGGGAGCCCAUUCCAUUUGCUCUGUCUCCCAGAUUGAGCAACAAGAUUGGACUAGAAGCCGCGGUAGAGGCGACAGCGGCCUUCUUGAACAAGGCAGUGAAGCCGGUGAUGGUGGGCGGGCCGAAGCUCCGAGUUGCAAAGGCUUGUGACGCAUUUGUUGAACUUGCUAAUGCUUCUGGCUAUGCCCUUUCUGUUAUGCCAUCUGCAAAAGGGCUGGUGCCAGAGAAUCACCCUCACUUCAUCGGGACUUAUUGGGGUGCAGUGAGCACUGCCUUCUGCGCUGAGAUUGUGGAAUCUGCCGACGCAUACAUUUUUGCAGGGCCAAUCCUUAACGACUACAGCUCUGUCGGCUACUCCCUCCUCCUCAGGAAGGAGAAAGCAAUCAUUGUGCAUCCUGAUCGUGUGAUAGUCGCCAAUGGCCCUGCUUUCGGCUGCAUCUUAAUGAAGGACUUUCUUCAAGCACUUGCGAAAAGGCUCAACCGCAACACCACCGCUUAUGAAAACUACCACCGCAUAUAUAUCCCCGAUGGGGUUCCUCUUAAAUGUGAGCCUAAAGAGCCAUUGAGGGUUAAUAUUCUGUUUCAGCAUAUACAGAACAUGCUCUCAAGCGACACUGCUGUGAUUGCUGAGACGGGGGAUUCCUGGUUUAACUGCCAGAAACUGAAGUUGCCUGAAGGAUGUGGAUAUGAAUUCCAGAUGCAAUAUGGUUCGAUCGGGUGGUCUGUUGGUGCAACUCUCGGAUAUGCUCAGGCUGUACCAAAUAAGCGUGUCAUCGCUUGCAUUGGUGAUGGCAGCUUCCAGAUGACUGCACAAGAUGUUUCAACAAUGAUACGAUGCGGGCAAAAGACAAUCGUGUUCCUCAUAAACAAUGGAGGAUACACCAUUGAAGUUGAGAUACAUGAUGGACCAUACAACGUGAUCAAGAAUUGGAACUACACUGGGUUAGUUGAAGCCAUCCAUAAUGGACAAGGAAAGUGCUGGACAACAAAGGUUCAUUGCGAAGAGGAGCUUAUUGAAGCAAUUGAAACAGCUACAGGGGAGAAGAAAGACUGCUUCUGCUUCAUAGAAGUGAUUGUGCACAAGGAUGAUACCAGCAAAGAGUUGCUUGAAUGGGGGUCCAGGGUCUCUGCAGCGAAUAGCCGUCCACCAAAUCCUCAAUGAUCUUCCAGCUUAGAUAAGAUCAAUUAAGCAUGUUAGAUAUCUUAGCGUUUUGUCUUCAAUGACUUUCUUAAUUUUAGUUGAGUUCUCAUUUUAUCGGUUAGUUAAUUAAGGAUUUGAUGAAAC